AUGCUCGCACCCGAGGGCCGUAGUGCAGUCGACGACAUACCAUUGUCACUCUAUUGGGCCUUUACCACGCCGCGAGAUAUCUCCCCGGAGCGUUUAGCGUGGCGGAUUUUGGCCGACAUGCGGUAUCGCAGCGCCACGAGUCCGUUGUUUGUCCCCACCAUGAUGGCUCGACGCCAGUCCGCCGUUUCCCAUGGGCACAGGGGAGAGCUGUGCACUGGACCAGGGUAUCUGGGUAAAUUGGGAGCCAUCAUGGCGUCCCCUGGAAUCAGACCAGACCCCCUUGUCCUUGAUCCCUGGAGCUGCGUGCUGUCUCCCUGA